AUGCCGCCAUGGCUCGCCCCACCGCCGGCCGCUGCCUCCCCGUGCCCCAAUUUGCUGGCCGUUGAAGGCAGCGCCGCCGCCGCCGAUCGCAGCAGAUGGCUCAACACCACACACUCGUCCCGGCCAGGAUGCGGGCUCGAUCCAUGUCGCUCUCCAUCCGAUCUCGUCGCCCGCCGUUCUAGUUGCUCCUCCAUCCCGCAAGCGGUCUGCAGAGAUCUGAUAUGCAUGUCCACGGGUGUCUUAAGCGAUUCAUUCUCAUUGUGCUAUGGCGGUAUGGAUAUUGGUGGUGGUGCUAUGGUGCUUGGUGGAGUGCCUGCUCCUUCUGACAUGGUUUUUUCACAUUCAGACCCUCUCCGCAGUCCAUAUUACAACAUUGAGUUAAAGGAAAUACAUGUUGCUGGAAAGGCACUGCGGGUAGAUUCAAGGAUCUUCGAUAGCAAGCAUGGGACUGUUUUGGAUAGUGGGACCACAUAUGCUUAUUUGCCAGAGCAAGCUUUCGUGGCUUUUAGAGAUGCUAAACUUAGCCAUUUUGAGUAG